UUUUCCUCCCCAUCUCUUCCACUCUCAGUUCGCCAAUCCAAAUCUCGCUGUCUCUCUCCUCCGCCGUCCGCCGCCCGCCGCUGCCUUCACCCCUAACCGACGCGUGUACGACUAGAUCAGAACUGCCUCGUUACGUUCAGCCAUUCAGCGCCCAGCCGUUAAAUCCGAUUCCAUUUCUUCAUUUUUCUAUCUAACAAUCAGUUUCUUCUUUUUAAAAAAUUAUUUUUUUUGCUAUUUAAUAGUAUUUUAUUUUUAUUUUAUUUUUUUGGGUUUUAUCCUUAUUUAACCUUUUUCUUAUUUCAAUACGGAACCACCAUCUGGACAUUUUUGCUCACCACUCGAUAAAGAUGAUUUGACACUUCUACCCAAAAAAGGGGAAAAAUCAAAUUUCUCAUUUGACAUCUCUGUCCCUCAAUUACCGUGCAAUUGACGGUCCUACCCUCUUUGUCUUCUUGCCAACGUGGCAAACUGUGGGCCCCUAAGAGAAAAAUGAGUCAUCAUCAUCGUUGGAUUAUGACACCUGGAGGUUCAAGAAAGCGAAAAGAAAGAGAGGCGUUUUAUUCCUACAACUGCAACCCGUCGGCUACAGCUCAGCCGCCGGCUACGAAAGCGGCUGCCGCGGCCCUUCCUGUUUGUUCUAAUCGGCUCCUAGCCGGGUACAUGGCGUACGAGUUCUUGACCAAGGGAACGCUGUUUGGUCAGAAGUAUGAUCCAGCCAGAGCGGGAAUGGUUCCACUAGCCGGCGUCGCGUCAGCCGAGUUGAGGAGGGUGAAGCCGGAAGCCACAGAGCCGAGCCCCAAGAAAGAGCACCAGAGUUACGCUGAGGUGGCCAAUAUUUUGAAGUCAAAGGAGGCCCACAUCCCUGGAAUUGUCAACCCUACCCAACUUGCCCGUUGGGUACAGAUGUGAAGUGGAUUCCACCAAACAGAAGUUGCAUCUGGAUAAUCGUCCGAAGGUGGUGAGUCUCAUGUUUAGAAGAAAACAGAAAGGAAUCCCUGAACAGAGAUUUUAUCUCUUGUUUCAUGAGAAUGUUAGUAUAUUAAUUGAUGUUUUGGCCUUUUUCUUUAAUGUGAAUGUUCUUGUUUCUUGAUUUUGCAUGAAGCAUGAGAUCGAUGUUGUUUUUGUGAAGGUUGAAGGGUAAACGUGCAUGCUUCCAUUCGUAAAAUUUCGAUCUUUUUUCUUGUUUGGUACGUAUAUUGUAUCUAUAUAUAUUUGUGUGAUGAAUUUGGGUUGUAUAAUGGUAAAUAGCUGUCUCUUAUUGUUCU